AGCUUUGCAUGACGCGACCGCGAAUAAUGAGAAAUGAGCAAACUGGGAUGUUGAUUUGGAAAAAAUAGGAUGGCGGCGAAAACGUGAUCUCAGGUGCUUAUUCCUAGGUAACAGUAGCGAGCGUGUGUGGGUGCAUUCGAGGUAUCACUAUCCGUAGAAUAGAAUAAAACAAAAGCUGUAUUGUGCAAUAACCAUCAUCGUCAUGAUCAUUACCGAGUGUUGCUAUUGUUGCUAUUAUUGUUGCUAGAAGUCAGGGGAGAAUAGGGUGCAAAGCCAGUAUAGGACAGUGAUGAAUGUAUGUGCUAUAGCCCUGCUAAUAAUGAGUAUUACUCUCGUGAUAAUAAUACUGUUACCUUUCUUCAUCGUGUUCUACGGAAUAACUAAUGGUACAAGGUAUUUACCUAUUUCUGUAGCGGAAAGGUACAAGAAGAUAGGUGGACGCGGUAAGGUAAAGCAAGGUAUUUGUGCGCGCGUGAGUUGUGAAGAGAGAGAGAGAGAGAGUGUGUGUGUGUGGCCAACAAGCCCCCGGCUAUCUCUUCCCUACUCCUCCUCCUUCCUCCUCCUCCUCCUCCUCCUCCUGUUAGACCCGGCCCUCGUCCCCGCCUUCAAACCACCUCUACCUCUACCAGCCCAGCCCAGCCUUCUAUUCCCUUUCCCCCCCUCAAAGGACACUCCACUUCCACUUACACUUCACCACCCACUCCGCCAAAGUCGCCUAUCCUACUCCAACCCCACUCCAACCUCACUCUACCUCACCUCUCCUUUUUCACUCACCUUUCUCUCUCUCGAUUUCCGUCUCUCCUCUGUCUAUCAUCUCCUACAAAGACUAAUCACGACUCCUUGUUUCGCCGCCUGUCAGCCGCUCGUUUGCGGACUACAAGACGCCUUCUACGACUAGACACAAGAAACUCUAAUAUUCAGGUCCUAGCCUUUGCUCGACUUGUCUCUUACUUGCACUCGAUGGUUGUCUAAGGAAUAAUUCAGCUUCGUCCUCCGCCGAGCUCGACCCGUCCCAUCGUCGCCACGUCCUGAGCCUCGCCUCUGCCUU